AUGGCAGACAAGGGUGUGCUGACCCCCCAGCAGCCCGGAGGUGGCCCCCCGUCGGGCCAGACCCACGCCCCCAACCCCAACCCUCCCGCCCGCCAGCCCGGGGCUGCAGCCACCCAGUCGCCUGUGCGCGCGGGGGCGGACCCUCCGUUGAACGUCACUGGGCCCCUCAAGGAAGGCAGUAGGUUGUAUAGUUAUCUUCCGAGGGGGCAACAUCACUACCCUGAAACCACACAACCUACUACCUCACCCCGCCGGCACCCGGCUGUGGGAGGGUCCGCCGUCCGCCGCCUGCCCAGCCCGCGGCCCCCGGAGCUGUGGAGGGCCACGCCGAAGGCACCACGGCUCCCCCGCGGCGGCCGGCCCGCCUGCGGGCGCCGAGAGCAGGCACGGGCCCCACGGGGCCGCCGCGGGCUGGAGAACGCGCCUCUCGCUUCCUGCCCACGACAGCACAGUCCAGGCCCCCCUCCCUCCGCCGACCAGAGGCCUGACCCUGAGCUGGACGGGCUGGCGGGUCAAAGCUGGCCCCGGGACCUGCCCCAGGCCACACAGCACUGCCCCACCCUGCAGAGGCCGCACCCCUGCCCCCCCCACCCCCCAAGCCAGAGUCCUGGCAGCGGGGGUCUCAUGCCCAGGCCCAAUAAACAGCGCAGAGGCUGCUCCCCGAACAACCCCGAGGGGUAUGAAGUCAGUGCCAGGGCCCUCAGCAGGGAUGAGGACUCCAGUGCCCACUCCGGGCUGUCCACCCAGAGGAUGAGACUGAGGUGCAGCCGCCAGGACGGGAAGCCAGGAACACCCCAACACGUGGCUGGCCUGUGGUCACAACUGUCCUGUCUCUCCUCGAAGCCCCAGAAGGGACUCUGCGUGAGAGGGCCUCAGGGUCCCGUCCCACUGUCUCUGCCUGAACUCCCCACCGGCAGUCAGGACCAGGAAGUCCCCGAGGACAGAGCCGGCCCGCCUCUGAGGACAGGGGUUGAGGAGAGGGUGACCAAGGGUCCUCCCUGA